AUGAGCGAUCACGAGCUGAGCGAUGGGGAGCGGGAGGAGGGUCCCCAGGAGUUGAAUUCCCCACAGGCGUUGGAAAAGUUCAAGGUUGCAGCAGAUAUCGCCAAUGCGGCGCUCAGACUGGUACUUAGCCGCGUAGUUCCCGGUGCGGAUGCCUUCGAGUUGUGUGUCUUGGGGGAUAGCUUCAUCGCUGGCGAGGCUAAGAAGGUGUAUCAGAAGAAAGACAAGUCCAAGCGGAAGAUCGAGAAAGGCAUUGCCGUUCCCACCAGCAUUUCAGUCAAUGAAGUAUUUGCGAACUGUUCGCCUGCGGAUAGGGCGUCCUCUCGGAUUCUGAAGAAGGGAGACCUCGUGAAGGUUGAUUUGGGUGCUCACAUCGACGGCUUUAUCGCCACUGGAGCCUACACCGUCGUGUGCUGCAGCGGCAAUGCAGCUGCUUUCGUGAGCACAGCUGCAGCUGCAGCUGGGGGCUCAGAAGCCUCGGCAGCAGCCACUGAGGCUUUGGCUGCUGCCCCCCCUGCCAGCGAGGAGUAUUGCCAGCAACAAGAGGAGGCGAAGGCUGCGGGAGCAGAGGCUCUAACGAGCGUUGAAGGCUCAGCAGCCUUAGUGCUGCGAGCUGCAUGGUUUGCUGCUGAGGCUGCCCUGCGGAAAGUUGAAGUCGGCGCGAAAGCGAGCGACGUCACCAAAGCGAUCGAGGCAGUUGCGGAGGAUAUGGGUGUGAAGCCUAUGCAAGGAGUCCUCUGUCACCAGUUGAAGCAGCACGUCAUUGAGGGCAGCCGUUGUUUCCCUAUUGUUACGGCGACAGGCGAGGAGAAGGUAGAAGAUUUCGCAUUCGAGCCGAACGAGGUCUAUGCAAUUGACAUCGUCCUCUCAACAGGUGAAGGCAAGGCACGCGAAGCGGAACUGCGGCCCACUGUCUUCCGCCGUGCAGUUGAGCGAAAGUACAUUCUGAAGAGUCAACUGGGGAGGGCCUUUAUGAGCCAAGUUGAAAACACGGGGAAGGAAGCUGAGGUUUUUGCAGCAUGUGUUCCUGUGGUUGCAGACUUCCCGACUCUGCCCUUUUCUCUCCGUCAGCUGUCUGACGAGAGGGCGUGCAAGGUUGGGGUUGCCGAGGCCAUGCGCCAUGAGCUUCUUAUCCCGUAUGCCGUCAUGCAGGAUAGCCGUUUGCGCCGCGUGUGGUCGUAUCGAUGUGCAGGUUACAGGUCUGCCGUUCGCGCAAGAGCGCCUGCUGAGGGCUCCAGAGCUCAAGAGCGAGGAGUUGCGUGCACUUCUUGCGGUUUCUCUGAAUCCCAAGAAGAACAAGAAGAAGCAAAAGGAGGAGGCCAAGGCGUAGAGCGAUCGAGGGAGGCCAAAGGCGGGCCGGCAACUAAUGGCAAAGCUGAGGCUGUUGGGGCUUGUACUGCUGCUUCCACUCCUGCUGGUGCACACGUGCUGGAUCAGAGUGGUGCUUUCUGCUCAUAG